AUGUAUUCCGAUUCUGAUAAUGCGAUAACACGAAAGGAAUUCAAACCAAUCAAGCGGUCGGGACAUAAAAGCACCUCAAAAAACGAAAGAAAUAAUGUCGAAACAAUAAUUUCGUACGAUAAUUGCCUGAGUAGCAGUGAUUCCGAAGAUGACUACGAAGACUGUGACGACGACGAAGAAGAGACCCACGAUUACAUCAGUCUGUUCCAAGUCUGGAUGAACUUUCUGUUUCCCAGAGCGUUUCGCACGCAGCCCGUGCACCGGUGGAUCAAGUCCGCGCAGUCGGUGUCGAAUUUUAAGGAGCGAAGCACAGGGAAAAUAUUGUCGCCGGUGGGCCAGUGCUCGUUAUUCCCGCAAGGAGUGUUCGUGCAAUCCACAACGGAGAAUGAAGUGACAAAAAUAUAUUUUCCUGGAGCCCAAGAAACGUUCGAGACUCCUCGUCGAAGUCAUAAACAAAUAAAAUAA